CCCUAUCGCUACUGUGUUGUGUAGUCAAAGUGUUGACAGUGUCAAGGAAUUGCUCGCGGUUCGUGGCCCCCCAGGGCAUGUUUCCCCGGGGGUGAGGAUAUACAGCAAUGUUGCUGUCGAGGGGCCCGAGCGAUGUGGGCAUGAAGUCCCUCACAACACUGAAGGAGAAUAAGCCACUAAUGUGGCAGGGGUCAGUGGGGGAUGACCUGGAUCACCUGGAGAAAGACCGUGCCAUCCAUACCGAUCCAGACGAGACCCGGCGCCGCCGCACUAUUAAACUUCAUCAGGAAAACAACAAAUGGGGCUUCACACUACAGACAUAUGGCAUCAAGAACAAGAAGACCAACGAGUUGGAGGUGAUGACCUAUGUGGACUAUGUGGAACUUCACAGUUCGGCAGGGCUGGCUGGCAUGCGCCGAGGGGACGUGAUUCUGUCUGUGAAUGGUGAGAGUGUGGAGGGCGAGCCUCACAAGAUACUGGUCAGGAAGAUCAAGGACGCCAAGGACACUCUCAGGCUUGUUGUGCUGUUCGAAGACUGCUGUCGCAAGGUGGAGCUUUAUGAAAGAUUCAUCAGACUCAAGCAAGUAUUGAAGGCGAAACUGGACGAGUUACGUUAUCUGGAAAAAAAGGAGCACUACAUUCUCGAAGGGCAUGGUGGGUUUUCUCGAUUUUCCUCCGUACGGAGCAGCCUUCGCAGCUCUGCCUCAAGUGACUGGGAUCGCUUCAGCAUGGUUGUCUCCCCUGCCCAGAUGCUUCAAAACCUUCCUAACAAACUCACCCAGCAACACUUCCUGUUUCCCAGGGCCUACCAAAGCAGUGUUGAUGACUCCAGUGAAAUUUCUCUCAAUGAUAAUACGCUCAACGACAGCUUUUCCGAUGACAACGAUGCAUUCCUUGACUCCAGUGCAAGUUGCUCAGAUAUAGUUUCGUUGCAAGGAAUCCGCAAAAAUAAAGUGGAUUCCCUAUCCAAUAAGAGUGUUAGCUCAUUAAUUACCAAUGCAGAAAAUCAGGAGAAAGAUGUCACUACAGAGGAAAAAUCAGAAGCAGAAAUUUUUCAGGUUGAAGAGUCAUUCAAGGAAAUUAACUCUGGAAUAACAACACAUCCUGAGAAAGAUGGGGCAGACACAGAACUUGUGUUGCCUUGGGACCACAAAGACUGUGUAAACAGUGCUGAAAUAACUCUGGAUAAUUCAAUGCCUCUUGAUGGUAACUCUGAAAGUAUAGCUGACGUGGGAGAUCACUCUGAAUGUGAAUCUGACAAGGGAGAUAACUUUGAAGGCGAGUCUGGCAAGGGGGAUCUCUCUGAAGGUGAAUCUGACAAGGGAGAUAACUUUGAAGGCGAGUCUGGCAAGGGGGAUCUCUCUGAAGGUGAAUCUGACAAGGGAGAUAACUUUGAAGGCGAGUCUGGCAAGGGGGAUCUCUCUGAAGGUGAAUCUGACAAGGGAGAUAACGUUAAUGCUGACUCUGGCAAGGGAGAUCACUCUGAAUGUGCAUCUGGCAAAUUGGAUAAAUCUGUUGACAUGCCAAACCUAAUAGAUGAUGCAGCACCUGAAUUCCAGCCAAAGGCAGGAGAUCAAACUGACACGCCACAGGUUUCUGAGAUCAAGGAUAAUAAGGAACAUGGUUCUUCUUCAGAUGCUGCAAGGAAAGACAACUCUUCAGAAACCAUGUCACGACCAAAACAUUCAAAGAGAUUUGUACGUGGAAUAUUGGUAAAUGACUAUGACGAAAUUACAAAGUUGUGAUAACAUGUUGCCAUAUAUCUUGUUACCUACCCAAAUAUGAUUCAUAAAGUUUAUUUUAAUGUACAGAAAUGUGAUAUAUAUCGAAUAUGGUGCCCGAUAUUAAUUUUGUUCCAUGUUUGUGUGUAAAUCAAAACAUUCCACAUAUCUGAUGUUAUUUGUUGAGAAAGUUCAAAGCUUGUGCUAGUCGUGAGAAAUUGAAUUAACUUUUAACUCAUUUGACCAUAUGCAAACACAACGAUGUGAAAUAUAUAUUAUCAGAUAAGACUGUGCAUCAAAUAAGUAUUUGUUAAAUGAGGUUGGAACAUUAAAUAUCAAAAGAAAAAUUCUAUUAUUCUUACACUGUGAUUUCUUUUUAAGGUCACCAGUAUUGUAUGCACAGUGAUUAAGAUUUGCUUUGACUUUGGAAUCAUAUCAGGUAUAAAUAUUCUACAAAUCAGGACAUAUAUAUACACACACAUUCACUGAUAUUGAGGCAUUCACAUUCAUAAUCAUGCAGAGAUUACGUGACUCAAAAUGCAUGAUUCCCCACAAGGGUACAAUGUGGGAAGCCCAUUUCUGGUGUCCCCCGCCAUGAUAUUGUUGGAAUAUUGCUAUACUAAAACCAACUCACUCACUCACUCACUCAACUUCUAUCAAAUACAUUGAUUCCCUGAAUUUCCCUCCCUCCUUACUCAAGCAGGAGUAUUUCAAUAGCCUUCAAUUAACACAUACUCAUUGCCUCAGCCUGUGCCAAAAACGUUUUACAUAUGGAUUUUUAUUAGCUGAGCUGUGUACCCUGAAAUCAGUCUACUUGAGACAGGUUUGCACUACUGUCUGAAGUUGCAGGCUCACAUCUAUAUCUUGUACAUUUGAGAGGAAUCAAACGUUUGGUCAAUGAAACCUGUGCCAUGUCUUAACAUAAUUAUGUUGUAAUUAUAUUCUUAAUAGAUUGAAAGUUUUGCUUCAAUAAGUUGCCAUUACUCCAUGUUUAUUUUCAGCUGAGAUUUGUCAAUCUGUGAUGUGUUUGAGCAUGCUGAGUGCUAUGGGUGCAAUGUACAUAUAAACUUCAGUAAACAGCCUUUGUAGAUUUCCUCACUUCAUGAAGGGUUAUUCCGAGCAAUGAUUUAGCUUACUAUCUGUUUAUUAAGCUCUUUGUCUGUGUUUUAAACUUUUUGCAAAGAGUUUCAAGUUUUUGAAAACCAAUAAAGACUGGAAUAUAUAGUAAUGUGUGUAUGGAAUAAAAAUGGCUUGAUUUUUAUGUCUUUCUUCUCGGCCAAUAUGUAAGAUGGAAAGGAUCAGACUCGCAUUAACACCAAACAGGUGUUUUCAAAUACAUUCAAAUAUGUAUAUACGUCUUUGAUACAUUCUAAAUUGAGGUGUUGUACACAGAACUGUAUUUUUUUUUGGUUUUGGGUUUAUUCCAUGCCUUAUUAUUACUGAUAUUAAGCCAAUUUGCCAAAAUGUUUCAAUUAUGAAAAUAACAGAUGCCCAACAACAUUGUAAACAAGGUUACAAUGUAAGAAACAUAUUUAAGAAGUAUUUGUACUGUAUAUAUCUUGAGUUGAUUUAAAUGUUUAAUUUUUCAAAAUUAUGUUGAAAAUUGUUUUACAUUUCAUAACAUCUGUUAAAACUUCAGGCAAAAAUCAAAAGAAGUGAGACAGAUCAAAUUUCUAAACUUUUGUCCUAUAUUCAAGGAGAAUCUUGGCUCUGUAGGAUUAUAGGAAUGAAGAUUUGUAGUAAGCACUUUCUGUACUUCUAGCCAAUCAAGAAACAUCAUCCUUGAUUAUCCAGGGUCUUAUAGUAUUGUAAGGCACAAAGUUUUGGAAUAACUAUAAGCCAAUACAAGCUCCAUUUCUUUUAUUGUCUCUCUCAGUUAGGUGCCAUGUGGUCCUCUGGCUUUCAUUUUUCUUGAACAAGGGGAGGUUACUCUUAAGACUAUGUAUCAGCUAUGACAGUUCAGCAGUAGAGACACUCAAAUAUCUCCAUUCAGUUAUGAUUAAUAGAUAUUAAACACCCUGGACCUGGACCCACUCAUCACUACAGCUUCUCCGGGGAAGUGACCGGACAAUGCCCAUCUCUCCUAUCUAUAACAUAUAGCACAGAAAUUUGCCUGCUCAUCAGGGCAAUUUGGUAUGAAGUCUAUUUUAGCAUGGGUCAAUUUGAAUCAUGCUCAAGACAAUGCUGUGGUAGCCAAUGGAUCAAGAUUGUUUGUCAUUAUAGAAAGAAGAUACCUAUGUAAUAAACUGAAUACAGGAUGGGUAAAUAUACGGAAGUUGCCUGAUUCAAAAUUAUGUCUUCCAUGAGCCAGUCACCUUUAUGAGGUAUAAAACUUUCUCUGUAAUCAAACUUUAUUUUACUUACUAUAUUUAUGUACUGGUAUUUCAGCUUUUAGACAUUUGUGUUACAUUCAACUCAGAUCAGACUCCAUAGUUCUUUUCCUUUGUAAUUAUGAAUUAAUAGAUGUAAAACUGUGUGAUAAAUAAUAUAAGCCUCUGUUUUGUAUCUUGCCAAAUCUAUUACUGUGAUAAUAACCACUGUUGCAUGUAUGGUGAAAUCACCUGACCAUGCCAUAAUGUGGCCCUUUUGUAAUGUGAUGGUUCACUGGUUUCACCGACCAGAGACAAAAGUCACAGAGUAGGAACUAAAAAUAGCUAAAAUCUUUUUAUAUUUUCCUGACGGACCCACCUUUUCAUGUAUCAGAAAAAUAAAAAAGCAUACAAAAUUGUAGAAACUUUUAUCACUAUGAUCUUUUUUGAUAAUAAUUGAUCAAUUUCAGUGUGCAUGUAUUAAAUCUGCAGUACAACUGUAUUGUUAAAUGUGGAAUACGUAAAAUAACUAUUAUCCAUUUCAAGCUAUGUCUUUAAGAGCAAAUGCACAUCAUGGAUCUGCACUCUCCAGUCUCAACAUGCUGAUAAUUUGAGAAAAUACAAUUCGGCCUUGUCUUUUUCCCACUGAUAUAUUUCUAAUGGAACAUGGAAACUAUACGCACAGUCGACAAUCUGAACAGCUGUGUUUGAUAUGUUGUAUUGUCUAUGGUAGUUAGCACUGUUUACCGUUUUGGUCAGGACCACAAGAGAUUGAACAGGACCAGUAAACUUCCUUGAUCCUGAUCCUUUGACUACAAAUUCUGGUCAGUCUGAAACACUUCCCAACACAGAGGUCAUUUGUAAUCAAUCUCAUUAAAAUCAGAUCUUUUACUCUGAUAUGAUACUCUCUGCAUGCAGAUCUGACAACCCCUCGUGUCACAUGGGCCAAUCAGCAAGACUUCGAAAUUAUCGGUAUGAGUGAGUGAAGCAUUCAGACCAGCAUAUAUAAUUUCUGUAUUGAAAACCAAUUAAAAAUGGCCAGUUCUGAAUGUAAGUAAUAAAAGCUGCAGAUUAUAUUGUGGCUAUUUUAUACACCCUGUGGUUUCGGAGCACCAUGGCAUUAACAGCCAAAGGGGAACCAAUGUAGAAAUAUUGGUGUUCCGUAUGUUUAUCUUUUGUGAACAUCUAUAUUUCCAAAUUGAGAUGGUAAAGGAAUGAAGCCAAAUAGGUUUAUAAAGCUGACUUCUGAUUGGAUCAGCAACCCAGGUUCAUAUAACGCUAAUAAUCUAUGAUGGGGUUGUUUAAUCUUCACGCAGAGACGUAUUCGAGCAGAAGAUCUGAUUUAAAUGAGACUGUUUACUAAUAAAACAAAUGUCCAUGUUUUGCACUGUAGUUAUAAUGUAAUUCCCGCAAACAAUGUAAAGAUUGGAAAAACAGAAAGCAAUAACUUUAGGGCUGAGGAAUUUAGGUUUGUAUUUUUGUUGUCCAAUAAACAUCACAAAUAAUUUGUAAACUGUUGCUUUGAACCUAUAAAAAAGAAAUAGAAUAACUUUGUGAUCUGUCAUCCAAACAAUUAAAGAUGGAUGAGUUCCCUCUGCCCAAUCAAAAAUAGCCAUGCUACCUUAUAUGCAGUGAAUGUUCGCCUUGUGUGUAUGUACUCAAUAGGUUGUUGGGAACAGGAAUUGUUGAAGCAUGGUAAUGGAAGACAAUUUCAUCGAUUAUUUUUGGCAAUUUUGAUCUUCUUUGGAUUAAACUGAUGGAUGAAAAUUAUGCUGGGACUAAGUACUUCGUAUUUCCCUUCAUAUGAAAAAUCAUAUUGCAUGUUUGAGUUGAAUGAAAUCUGUUGAUGAUGGUGGAUGUCAAUAUCUGCUUUAAUCAGGUGAUUGAUUCCAUGAUAUCAAAGCUGUGCAGAGGUCCCAGAGUUUUAUUAAUGAAACAAUAUUUAUUUUACCAUCACUUUAGAGUGAAUAUUUUCCAAUUUGGUUUGGGGAUAUUUUUUACCUUUUUUAACAAAAAUUGCUGACAAUCUUCCAGUCAUAUAAAGAAUGGAAAGGCUUGUGUUUUGUUUUGAAGUAGUGACAUACUGAGCAAUUUCAAAAUACUGUCUAUUAUGUCAAUCAAGUUCAAAGACGUUUACCUAAGGACCUACAUUAAAAUGUAUCCAUAUAUUUUGUGGAUGUCCAUGUUGUGGUAGGGGUUAUAUUGACCUCAUCAUCAAUUAUUUCUGACAAAUCACAUGAAUCUGUUGUGAUGUUGUUAUCAUAGCAAACGUCAGUAUAAAGGGUAAAAUCUCUCCCUCAAGUUACAAGUUCCUGUGGACAGACUUACAUGUAUUGAUAAAUUCAAAGCUUAUAAAUAUUUCACUGUAGUUUUUGAAGCUAUUUCAAAUAAUAUUUACGUAGCAUAAUCUCUUGUCUAUCUUUAUUCUUUUUGACAUUACAAUGACCUCUAGUUCAAGCCAGUUAAAAAAACAUUCUUGUUUCUUAUGACCUCUUUUUAAUCCCUACUUAGUAGGGAGUUAGGAUUAUAUUUCUUAAGUUAUUUCUAUUGUUGGGAACAAAUCUAUGGAAUUUAACUUGAUUCUAAUGUAUUACAUGACCUCUGAAGCUCAAGGUGCAGAAAGUUGGAAUCUGUAACAAAGACGGAAUUAUUUACCAGGGUUGGUUAUUGAUAGUCAAGAUAACAACUUUUAUCUUUUAACAAAUGUUAACAAUGCUUAGAAACAAAAACAAAUUAUUAUAAGUGGGAGCUCAUAUACCUGAACAUCACAAACUAUCUUGCUCCACUCUAUGCUCACAAGCAGUUGUCCACAGGGACAUCCCUAAAAUUGCUUUCCUUAUUGUUAAAAACCUGCAUAUCAAAACGAAAACAAUUUCUUACUUUUAUUUUUGUACCAAAUAUUCAGUUAGUUUUUUUUCUUAAUUUUUAUGAGUGAAUUUGUAGUUGUUUCAAUAAAAAAGAAAUUGUGUCCCUUUUCCUUUGAAAAUCAAACAAUAAGCAAAUGAUUUGUGGUAGCCAUAGAAAGACAUUACUGGUGGGAAAACGUUGUCUGGAUGUCUUCUGGAGUAUUUUCAAUCAUCACCAGGCAGAACCUAUGAAAGUGGACCAACGAAAAGGUGGCUGUCAUUACACUACUUGAUUCGCUAUUCCAAAGAUCAGCAAUAUUUACUGUUUGUCUAUAUCUUGUCAAUAUGUAAUAAACAUUUAUAUUAUUCA